UGUGCUUUAGAGCUGCGUUUUAGGGCUGUCGUUUCAGGCUAUCAAUAUGGAUUGCUAGUAAAUAAAAGCCUUUGCAACUCAGCGAGCAGGACAGAGAAAGGAGAUGUUAUUCGCUCUGAUGGAGCGGUUUUUACACACGUUACAGUCUGUCUGACCUGAGUGAGGGGGCUGAGCAAUGAAUAAACCCAAAAUGGCAACGGAGAAAGGCAUUCCCAGCAGUUCCCGGGUUCUGAUGUUACUCGGGCAGUUGGAGAGGUUCAAUGUAGAGACUCUGCACCCUGACAGUGAAGCCAUCCGCCAGGUGACCGGCAAAAUCCUGCACCUCAUCCAGACUCAAGAGAAAACGCAUAAGGAGAUCAUGGCUAAAGGUUCGACUGGGAUGGAAGUUAUUCUCUCAUCUCUUGAGAACACAGUAGAUUUGCAGACAAUUCUGAACAUCCUGGGGAUUCUCAAUGAGCUGUUGACUGUUGGUGGCGGUCGCAGGAUUGGAGUGUUUGUAUCUAAAGGAGGAACCGGCAUCCUCCUGCGGUUACUGAUCAGCUCAGGCAGAGAACCAUCUCCCAGUGAGGAGUUCAUGAUGCAGAUCCACUCUCUGCUGGCCAAAGUCGGGCCUAAAGACAGGAAGUUUGGAAUUAAAGCACGGCUGAACGGGGCACUGAAUGUGACUCUGAAUCUGCUGAAACAAAACCUGCACAAUUGCAAACUGCUGCUGCCGUGUUUACAGGUGCUCCGCGUCUACGCCAGCAACUCAGCAGUGAACGCCAUGUCUCUGGGAAAGAAUGGCGUCGUGGAGAUGAUGUUCAAAGUCAUCGGACCCUACAGCAAGAGGAACACCACUCUGAUGAAAGUGGCUCUUGAUACUUUGGCAGCGUUGCUGAAAUCAAAGAUGAAUGCCCGGCGAGCGGUAGACAGGGGGCACAUGCCAGUUCUGCUCGCCAUCUAUCAGGACUGGCACCGCAAUGACACGCGCCACAGACAUGUGCUCAUUCGCAAAAGCAUUCUGGGUUGCAUCAAAAACCUCACCAAUAUCAAGCUGGGCAGGAAGGCCUUCAUCGACACGGAUGGCAUGAGGAUUCUCUACAACACCUCUACUGAGUGUUUGCCUGUUAGGACUUUGGAUCCUCUGGUCAAUAUUUCCAGCCUCAUCAUGAGAAAGUGCUUUCCAAAGAACCGCUUGCCUUUGCCCACCAUUAAGAGCGUCUUUCAUUACACACUACCACACGUUCCAGCCAGCGGACCUGUAGCUCAACUCUACAGUCAGCCCCCGGGGGUGGAUGACGUUGUAGAUGAGAGCGAUGAUAACGAGGACCUGGAGAUCGACACGGAGAACGAAGAGGAUGAGAAGGACCUCAAGUCACAGAAUGAUGACAUUGAGACUGAUCUCAACAAACUGCGUCCCAAACAGAUACCUGUACGCCCGUUUGAUGAACUAAGACCCUUUGAGCAAUUCUUUCCAGAAUUUUCAGAGGAUUUUCAGGACUACGAUUUUGAGACCACCAAAUCCACGCCACCUCCUGCUCCUGAAGCUCCGAAGCACCAAAAACACUCUAUAGUCAUCCCCACAGGUCACACCAAACCGAGAAACAAAUCCUCACACCAGAACGAGGGAGAAAAACCAGUGGAUUUGGACAGCAUCCCCAUUUCCAAAGCUCCGGAACGGGAGUUGGUACAUGGCCUGAGCCGGCUGCUUCUCGACACCUCUGAGCCGGUGAAUGGAGGAAGCUGUGUGGAGGCGGGGAUUCAAGAAGAGGGCGGGGAGCAGGCGGAGCUUGAGGUGCCCGAUACUGCUGCCCUUCUGCCUCUGCAUGACCCCGAUCUGUACCUGGAGAUGGUGAAGGGAACGUUCUCAGUGCCUGGGUACACUGAAGUGGCUUACCCGGAUUAUUUUGGUCACGUGGCACCCAGCUUUCGUGAGCACAUUCUCGAGAGGGUUUAUGGCGUACAGAGGGCAAAAAUCUUCCAGGAUGUUGAGAGGCUCAUUCACCCCAGUGAUAUCAUGGAUAAAGUUGUGUACGACCUUGACCUGCAGCGGUGUCCGUUAAUCGACGACGGCGAGUCUCUGAAGUUCAACUCGCAGUUCGAAUCGGGGAACUUGCGCAAAGCAAUUCAAGUCCGAAAGUUCGAGUACGACUUGGUGCUAAAUUCAGAUAUCAACAGUAACCACUAUCACCAGUGGUUCUACUGUGAGGUGAGCGGGAUGCAUGUGGGGCUACCGUAUCGCUUCAACAUCAUCAACUGUGAAAAAUCCAACAGCCAGUUCAACUACGGCAUGCAGGUACUCAUGUACUCGGUACAGGAAGCGAUCAGGGGCAGCCCUCGCUGGGUUCGGACUGGAUCUGACAUCUGUUACUACAAGAACCAUUUCUCACGGAGCUCCAUCGCAGCUGGGGGUCAGAAGGGCAAAUCCUAUUACACCAUCACCUUUACUGUGACCUUUCAUCACAAGGAUGAUGUCUGUUACUUUGCCUAUCAUUACCCAUACACUUACUCGACCCUGAAGAUGCAUCUCCAGAAGCUGCACGCUCUGUGCACGCCUCACAUCUACUACAGACAGCAGCAGCUUUGCAAGACACUUGGUGGAAACGACUGCCCUCUGCUGACCAUCACAGCCAUGCCAGAGUCCUCCAGCAAUGACCAUGUCUGCCAAUUCAGGAACCGGCCGCUGGUGUUCCUCUCAGCGCGGGUUCACCCCGGAGAAACCAACGCCAGCUGGGUAAUGAAGGGCACACUGGAGUUCCUGAUGAGCUCCAGCCCUCUGGCACAGAGCCUUCGAGAGAGCUACAUCUUCAAAAUCGUCCCGAUGCUCAACCCAGACGGAGUCAUCAAUGGCAAUCACAGAUGUUCUCUGAGUGGCGAGGAUCUGAACAGACAGUGGCAGAACCCCAGUGCGGAGCUUCAUCCCACCAUCUACCAUACCAAGAGUCUGCUGCAGUACCUCAGCGCGAUCGGGAGAGCACCACUGGUAUUCUGUGACUACCACGGCCACUCAAGGAAGAAGAAUGUGUUCAUGUACGGCUGCAGUGUAAAGGAGACGGUGUGGCAGACCAAUGUCAGUGCCAGCUCCUGUGAGCUGCAGGAGGACCUGGGAUACAGGGUAACACACACACACACCAUAUGGACUCUCCCUAAGUUGCUGUCUCAGCUGGCUCCAGCUUUUAGCUUGUCCGGCUGCAGCUUUGUGGUGGAGCGCUCUAAAGAGUCGACGGCGCGAGUGGUGGUGUGGAAGGAGAUCGGCGUCCAGCGCAGCUACACCAUGGAGAGCACAUUGUGCGGCUGCGACCAGGGCAAAUACAAGGGUCUCCAAAUCGGGACGAGAGAGCUGGAGGAAAUGGGAGCCCAGUUCUGUGUGGCUCUGCUCAGACUGCGACGUCACACGUCACCCCUGGAGCUGCGCAACCACAACACACACCUGCUGGAUGUAGACAAUGAUCUAAUAGACACAAGCUGCAAUGUCACCUGCCCCACCACUUAUGUGAUGGAAGAAGACGAGCCUGCCUUUCUGGAAGAAGUGGACUACAGCGCUGAGAGUGACGACGAGAACGACCCCGAGCUCGAACCUGCCCACGUGGACCUGAGCUCGGACCCUGAAUUUAACCACCAAGACACUCUUACCUGAGGGCUAAUUAGCGUCUCUAGUCCAUACCAAAUUUGAGACACAACCUUAAUAAAAAAAGUCCUAGUUACUGAUACCCAUGUACUCUAACAAUAAACUUUGUUUUACAUUUACAUAACAGCUACUGGAAUCAUAUUGGGCACCUCAUAUAAUUGCAGUUAACCAAAUUAGAUACUAUAAACACGUCUUAAUACGAUAACAGUAAAUCAACUGUCCUCAAUUGCAACACAGCCAAACCAGAAAACCAAAUGUCCAGAGAAUUUUUGGGCACUGUAGCUAGUAAUGUUAAAAAUGCUAAACGCCUUAGCGAUUUCAAGUCAUUAAGAACAAACGAAUGGUGCUACGUGUGGACGCUUCACAUUUCAAUUUGUUCACAUACACUACAGCGAAGCUGCCUUUCUCUUAAACCUUAAAGCAUUGACCUUAUAUCACAUCAUUAUAUCAUUACAUUAGUGUUCCGUUGCAACACAUAUUACAGUAUUGCAUGGGAUGAGAGGGGGGGAAAAAAAAACUCGCUGCACACCCACCACCAUGCUUCACUUUGCAGUUCAGUGUGAGGAAUGUAAUACCAGGUUUAUCUUCAUAUCACUUGCGUGUAUUUGGUGUCUGAUAGCAACUAAGUAGUGUGAACAGGUUACAGUGUUGGAUCAGUAUCACAUCAGUCAGGAUCUGAUCUUGCAGCCAUUUGCACCAUUUCGCAAAAACAAAACGACAAAAACAAAUUGAUGACACUUUAAGUGGGAAAGCUCUUGUACUUUAAUUUCCAUGUGGAAUUAUUUCUGUUUGUAUAGUCAAUGCAUGACUCUUGAAUGUCGCUUUUCUAAUUUAUUUUAUUUGUUGGGGGGAGGGGAGGUUGGGGUGGAGGGGACCUGUUGUAGCUUUGUGUGUGUGUGCGCGCGUGCGUGGAUGUGGUUUAAAUAUGUAUGGGAGAUACAGUACAUACCAAAAUUUUUGAUUUUCAAAAUGACUGUCCAACUUCUGACUGAAGUGAAAGUAAUAAAUACUUAAGUGAAACUGG